GGGAGGGUCAGCCAUAUUUGUUUUUUCUUUUUAAAUAUGCGUGGUAAAUGACAAUGGCGCGCGCAACAGCCAAUUGGCUUGUGAUGUUCUUUGUGUUGGUGAAUACGACUAUUGGAUAUGUGUUUAAGUGUUGUGUGGGCAACAAGGUAUCGUCAGCAUCAGAGACCCGGCUGAUCGAGGUGGGCGCGGCUUCGGAUGGCAAGAAACACAAUAAAAUCAAGACUUCGCGAUACACUCUGCUUAUGUUCAUACCGCAGAACUUGACAGAACAGUUUAGAAGGGUCGUCAACUUCUACUUCCUUGUCGUCACGUUUAUAGCCAUCAUUAUAGACAGUCCAGUGUCACCACUGACGAGCAUCGCACCGCUCAGUUUCAUGGUGAUGGUAACAGCUGUAAAGAAUGGCUACGAAGACUGGCUUAGACACAAAGCUGAUGGCCGAGUCAACAAUCAGAUUGUUGAAAUACUCCAGCGUGGCGUGAUCAAAGAGGUCCGUAACUCCUCCAUCGCACCAGGCACGUUGGUCCGGGUGAAGCGGGGCAAAGAAGUCCCAGCUGACCUGGUGCUACUCUGUUCAGAGGGAGAGAGGGGUAAAUGCUUCGUCACCACGGCCAAUUUGGAUGGGGAGACGAAUUUGAAGACGUUGAGGGUACCGCCGCCACUAGUUGGAUAUACUCCUGACGUCCUACCUCAAGGCAUGCGGAUCGAAGUCCCCAACCCAGUGGCAGACCUCUACACGUUUUACGGACGCCUGGAGAUCCCUACUAUGGAGAGCUUGCCCCUGACUACUGACAACUUGAUGCUGCGGGGUUCCAGGGUCAAGAACACGGAGUGGGCUAUCGGCUGUGCUGUAUAUACAGGUGAAGAAACCAAACUGGCGCUCAACUCAAAAUACGCCGGAAACAAGUUUUCCUCCUGCGAGCUCGCCGUCAACGGCUUCCUCGUCGUUUUCAUCGUCAUCCUCGUCCUCGAGGUGAUGGUCAGCUUCGGCCUCAAGAUCUACAACGACUUCCACUAUAAGAACAGGGACCUGUACUUAGGCCCGAGCCUGUAUAACAAUUCCGCUGCAGUCACUGUUGGAUCGAUACUGCAGGAUGUGUUUUCGUUCUUACUGCUGUACUACUAUAUCAUUCCGAUGGCCCUGUAUGUGACUAUUGAGCUGUAUAAGUUUACAGGCGCGCUAUUCAUCGGCUGGGAUGAAGAAUUGCGUUGCGAGGAGACCGGCAAGCCAGCCAUCGCCAAUACUUCAGACCUGAACGAGGAACUGGGGCAGGUCGAGAUCCUCUUCUCCGACAAGACAGGCACGCUUACUAAGAAUAUAAUGGUGUUCAAAGCCUGCUCCAUCAAGGGGAUCAUAUAUGAGGAGAGGGAUAAGCUUCUGUAUGAUACUGGGAGGUUCGAAGAGCCCGUGGACACUAGGCAGGCAGACAUUAGAUUCUUCUUCAAAAUCCUUGCUCUCUGCCACUCAGUCCAAAUAUCCAACGAGGAUAUGAAACGACUCAGCGCGCGCCUAUCCAUGACCGGCGACCUUCAACUCAUGAACAUGUUUAGAAGGAAGAAGAAGAAACCCAUUGCUAAUGGCAACGGAGUAGUUGAUACAUCUACAUGGAAUGCUAUGAUGACUGUUAAUAACGUUGGACAUAUCGAUUAUCAAGCCAGUAGUCCUGAUGAGAAGGCUCUAGUUGAAGCAGCCGAUAGACUAGGUGUAACGUUUCUAGGAGAAGAUGGAAACAAUCUAAUAGUGAAAAUGGGAGAUGAGACUGAAUUGUACGAGAGGUUGCAGAUUAUAGAAUUUACAUCGGAGAGGAAAAGGAUGUCUGUAGUUUUAAGGGAUAAAGAUGGCAAAAUCUGGCUAUUCUGCAAGGGUGCUGAAAGCGCAGUGUUUCCUCUGUGCGUCAACCAAAUCAUGGUAGAUGAUACCAACGUGGACAUCAACACGUUCGCUAACAAAGGUCUGCGGACUCUCGCCAUCGCGUACCGGGAGAUACCUGAUGAGGAGUACGAAAAGGUUUGCGAAUUAAUAAAGAAACAAGAUGUCAAAAGCGCUGAAGCUCUGCAGCAAGUGAGCCACCAAUUCAGGAUGCUGGAGCGCGACUUGACUCUAGUUGGUGCAACGGCAGUAGAAGACUGCUUGCAAGACGAUGUAGCUGACACGUUAGCAUCAUUACGUCGUGCGGGGCUCAGGAUAUGGGUCUUAACUGGGGAUAAGGUAGAAACAGCAAUAAGCGUAGCUCAGUCCUGCGCACACAUCUCAGAAAAUAGUAGACAAAUGUACAUAAUAGGCGUCGACAGCGACGAAGCGAUCAAAGCACAUUUAGAAGAAUGCAAACGAAUAUUAGCGGAGCCGAGCUACAAGGAUAUGGCUCUUGUGGUCGAUGGGAAGAGUAUGAGUUGCAUUUUGGAUAAGCCUACGGCGCCUGAGUUUGCGGAAAUAUCUAUGCAGUGUAAUGCGGUGUUGUGCUGCAGGUUAUCUCCAAUACAGAAGGCUAAAAUAGUGAAGCUAAUAAAGCACAGUCCGUCGCGGCCGAUCACUGCGGCCAUUGGCGACGGAGCCAACGAUAUUUCCAUGAUCCAUGAAGCCCAUGUCGGUUUCGGGAUCUUCGGAAGGGAAGGCUAUCAAGCCGCUAGAUCUGCCGAUUUUGCUUUUACAAAGUUCUCGAUGGUGAAAAAGUUCCUAUUAGUAAUGGGGCACUGGUACUACCAAAGAUUAGCUACUUUAAUACAAUAUUUUUUCUAUAAGAACAUUUGUCUCGGAAAUAUAAUGUUAUUUUUUCAAAUAAAUAGCGCGUGGUCGACGCAAGCAAUAUUUGAUUCGAUGUACCUGACGUUUUUCAAUUUAUUUUUCACGGCGUUGCCGUGUUUGGUUCUUUCCGUUACUGAGCAGAGGUGGCCUAAAGAAUUACUCCUUAGAGAUCCGACGUUAUACAGAGACAUAAGUAGGAACAAGCUCAUGUCAUGGUCGCGUUUCUCCGCCUGGCUGCUAAUAGGGGUGUAUCAUUCUGUGAUCAUUUAUGCAUUCUGCGCAUUAGCAAUAAGACACUCAGUGAUCAAUGCUGACAUGAAGGCUGUGGAUGUUUGGGUGUUUGGAGCCGUCCUGUUCCACCUCCUGGUCCUCAUAACGAACCUAAAGCUGUGGAUGCAGGCGCGCUACCAUACAUUUUACUUCGUGCUCAGCAUUGUAGCGUCAAUGUUGUUCUACAUGACUUUCAACCUCGUCUACUCUGUUAUUAACGUACAAAUAGACGGCGCAAUACUAGGCACGUACACCCGACUCUGCUCGUCUCUGUACUUCUGGCUACUCAACGUACUAGUUGUGAUCGCGACACUCGCGCCCGACUAUUGCUAUCGGUACUUCUUAGACAAUAAUAGUAAGCAGUUUGUGGACACUGGAGGCACUGUCUUUACCACUAGGCUGUGAAAUGUGAACUAGUGUCUUGGGGAGAGAUGAAAAUGUAUCUACUUGACUUGAUGAAAAAGUCAUCAUCAUGACUGGUAGCUAUCUGUUGUAGGUUCGGAAUAUUGGCUAUCGGCACUACUUAGACAGUAACUGCAAGCAGUUUGUUGACACUGGAGGCAAUGUUUUGACUACUAGGCUGUGAACUAGUGUCUUGAGAUGAGAGAGAUGAAGAUAUCUACUUGACUUGAUGAACAAGUAAAAACUCGUUUAAUAUGAGAUGGCUAUUGGGCUAUAAUUCGAUUACUUACUUAAUAUGAGACACAGGGUAAUUUUAUUAAAAAGUCAAGUUAGCUGAUUAAAUAAGUAAAACUAUAAAAGACGCCAAGCGUCAAAUCAAGACGAUAACGUGACAUUAGUGAUAAGUGUUUAAUAAAAUUGAAAAUAUUUUAUGUAAAAUUAAUUAUUAGGUAUAUUUGAAUAGGUAAAGAAUAUUUAUAUUUAUAAAUUUAAUUGAUAAAAUCAUUGCGAUUAAGUUCUAAGCUUAAAAUUUUUGACAAGCAAAGAGAGUGUUCUUCAUGUUAUAUAUAAGAUAGUUUUUUUUUCAAAUUCCAAUAAGAUGUAAUUUAAUUUCAACGUAAUAAGUACCAUACAAUUAUAAAAUUAAAAAAAAAACAAUUAUUAACGAUAGUUAGGGGACCUAUUUUUUUUCAAUUAUGUACCUUAUUAUAGUAUUAUUUUAUUUACUUUAUAAUUCACCUUUUUAGUGUUCACAUUUUAGUAACUAAAAUAAUAAUUUUAAUAUAAUUGUAGACACCCGUUUCUUAUAAUUUUUGUUAAGGUACCUAAAUAAUUCAAACGCACAUAUUUGUAUAAGUAUUCGCUACAUUAUACUAGCAAACGACUUAUAUAAUUAUAAAAUAAUUAUGAAACCAGUUUGUACCUACAAAAAUAAACUUACAUUAUUUCAGAAAAAAAUACAAAAUUUGUUAAAUAUUGUACAACUCAAGUUAAUUGCGAAAAUUCAAUUAAUCAAAAAUGU